AAUAUAAUAUAAGGGUAUUUUUGAUUAAUGGAUUAUCUCAAAAAAUUUAGACGGUAAAUAUAUAAAUAUUUUACAAAAAUUGGUAUUAUAUGUAAUUGUCUCAAUAAAUUUUAGGGCCCAGCCCAAAUGUUGUUGCAUGAGAUUCGAGAAGAAACCUAAGCUUGGGGCCCAAAAGACAACAGACGGAGUCAAAAUCCUGAUUGUGAAUUUGAAACAGAAGAAGAAGAAGAAGAAGAAGAAGAAAGAGUAAAAUAGCAGUUGUUGUUGAAUGUUGUAGUAGUAUAGUAUGGUAUCAGAAUAUAAGGCUCUGCUCUCUGACUGAAGAACCAGUACAAAGUGGUUCGGUUGGUCCCUUCUCCAGCUACCCCAUCAACAUCAUCAUCAUAUUCAAUUCACGGUGUUUCAUCUCAUUGCUACUACUGCCCGAUCUGCUUCUUCCAUUUUCAUCAUCACACCACUCUACAAAUACUAUUCCUUUUUUAUUUCCAUAAUGGCUUCCGCCAUUUCUUCCAGACCUCGCACUGUUGAAGACAUCUUCAAAGACUACACGGCUCGUCGUUCCGCUCUUAUUCGCGCUCUCACUUCUGAUGUGGAUGCAUUCUAUGCCCUCUGUGAUCCAGAGAAAGAUAAUCUGUGCUUUUAUGGACACCCAAAUGAGACGUGGGAAGUUGGUCUUCCAGCUGAGGAGGUUCCUCCUGAGCUUCCUGAGCCGGCAUUGGGCAUAAAUUUUGCCAGAGAUGGGAUGAAACGUAAAGACUGGCUCUCCUUGGUUGCAGUUCAUACUGAUUCUUGGUUGCUCUCGGUGGCUUUCUAUUUCGGUGCUCGCCUUAAUCGCAAUGAAAGGAAGCGCCUAUUCAGCUUAAUAAAUGAUCUGCCCACACUAUUUGAAGUCGUAACAGGAAGAAAGGCGUCCAAGGAUAAGCCUAGUUUAGAUAGUGGAAGCAAGUCCAGAAACAGUACGAAGAGAUCAAACGACAGACAAAUCAAGAGCAAUUCUAAGUUGCUUGAUGAGGAAGAGGAUGAGCAUGGAGACACCCUAUGUGGAAGCUGUGGUUCAAAUUACAAUGGUGAUGAGUUUUGGAUUGGCUGCGACAUCUGCGAAAGGUGGUUCCAUGGAAAAUGCGUGAAGAUCACCCCAGCUAAGGCAGAAAGUAUUAAGGAGUACAAAUGCCCAUAUUGCAGCACAAAGAAAACCAAGCAGUAGGAGGCUCAUCAUGGUACACAGCUUUUGGAAAUGGUUUAUAAUUUCACUUUCCUGUACUGGUGCAAAGAUUUCGUUGUAAAUCAAUGAUACUAAUUUAGUGGUUUUUUCUUUUUGCUUAUUUAUACAAGGGAGUUUUAGUAUGUAAUUUUUACAUUUUAUCAAGACACUAAUGAUGAUGGUCUUUGUUUCGGCGGGGGUUCGUUUACCACGAUCUGGAUGUAUUUUCCACUGUUAUGUUGUUUAAUGUAGCUAACUAUCGUAAUGUCAUGUAGAAAACUUUACGAGUUCUUAAUCGUAUUGUAACUUUAUUACUGUUGUAUUUUAUAAAAUCUUCUAUAAUUACUAA